CUCCUCCCUGGACGGUCCGGCCGCGUCCGGGCCCCAGAGGAGGAGCACUGGCUGGAGCGAGCGGGUCUGUUGACAGCUGCUGACAGCUGGGGCAGGAGCAGGGGCCAAAGGGGGGCAGCGUCCUCAGUUCUCGGGUCCGCGAUCCUGGCAGCCUUCAGGUUUUGGCUGAACGAAAAGGACGCGCCUGCCAUCUGGUCGCCGCUGCCGGGAAGGGCUGCGUGGUGUCCUGGGGGCCGGUGCGCCCGGCGCGCUGACCGCGUUUCCCCUUUUCCGCUGAUUCCCCAUUUCCGCGGAGCCGGCUGCCCCCGGCUCUUGCGCGACGUUCCCUGGCCUUGCUGCCUGCCAGGGGCGCUGGAGGCCGGAGUCCCGGGGCCUGGCCGGAUCUGCGCACCCUGCGGUGGUGGAUGAGCGGCCCGGGCGGCGGGGGCUGAGCACGGCCCGGGACCCUCAGGGCCAGCUGCUGGCGGGAUGGACGCCCUGGAGGAGGUGUUUCGGGCCAACGGGAGCACAGCCCCGCCCCCGCCCGUGGCGCCCAACAUCAGCGUGCCACAUCGCUGUCUGCUGCUGCUCUAUGAGGAUAUUGGCACCUCCAGGGUCCGGUAUUGGGACGUCUUGCUGCUCGUCCCCAAUGUGCUUUUCUUCAUCUUCCUGCUUUGGAAGCUUCCGUUCGCUCGGGCCAAGAUCCGCGUCACCUCCAGCCCCAUUUUUAUCACCUUCUAUAUCCUGGUGUUCGUAGUGGCGCUGGUGGGCAUCGCCCGGGCCGUGGUGUCCAUGACGGUCAGCACCUCGGACGCUGCCACCGUUGCUGAUAAGAUCCUGUGGGAGAUUACCCGCUUCUUCCUGUUGGCCAUCGAGCUGAGUGUGGUCAUCCUGGGCCUUGCCUUUGGUCACCUGGAGAGCAAGUCAAGUAUCAAGCGGGUGCUGGCCAUCACCACGGUGCUGUCCCUGGCCUACUCUGUCACCCAGGGGACACUGGAGAUCCUGUACCCUGAUGCCCACCUGUCGGCUGAGGACUUCAACAUCUAUGGGCAUGGGGGCCGCCAGUUCUGGCUGGUCAGCUCCUGCUUCUUCUUCCUGGUCUACACUCUGGUGGUCGUGCUCCCCAAGACCCCGCUGAAGGAGCGCAUCUCCCUGCCUUCACGGAGGAGCUUCUACGUGUAUGCGGGCAUCCUGGCGCUGCUCAACCUGCUGCAGGGGCUGGGAAGCGCGCUGCUCUGCGCCGACAUCAUCGAGGGGCUCUGCUGUGUAGAUGCCACCACAUUUCUCUACUUCAGCUUCUUUGCGCCCCUCAUCUACGUGGCCUUCCUCCGGGGCUUCUUUGGCUCGGAGCCCAAGAUCCUCUUCUCCUACAAAUGCCAAGUGGACGAGACUGAGGAACCAGACGUGCACCUGCCCCAGCCUUACGCGGUGGCCCGGCGAGAGGGACCGGAGGCGGCAGGGGCCGCGAGUACACAGUUCGACUCGGCCGGAGGGGUGGCCUACCUGGACGACAUCGCCUCCAUGCCCUGCCACACUGGCAGCAUCAACAGCACAGACAGUGAGCGCUGGAAGGCCAUCAACGCCUGAGUGUGGCCACCCUGGCAGGAAGGCCUGCUGGGGCCUGCAGAGGGCAGACUGGAGAGGAGGCCAGGGCGCGCAAAGCCCCUGGUGGGGAGGGACGAGGUCGCAGGACCUUCUGUGGGCGGCAGCCCCGUGCGGGCCCUGUCCUGCCUUCUGCGUUGCCUGUGGCCACCUCUGCUCUCGCUGGGGGCCGCCUCCCCCUUCCACCUGCCCUCACCCGGCUCAGCGACAUGGCCCUGACUCUGAUCUCCCAGGGCCUGCUGAGGGCGUCUCCUUUCUCCAAAGCCUGCGCACCCGGGACCGGUCUGGCCUUCCUCGUCCCUUCCAAAGUCCCCUCCCCGUGGCACUUUGGCCUCUUCGGAGCCCACUCUGGCAGGUGGGCUGAAGUGUGGAUAUUUUCUUGAUCUAUUUUUUAAUAAAAAACAAAAGGAGCAGAA